UUCCACGAUUCCUCCUCUCACGUUCGAAGACCAUUUCUUGUUCUUUGGACGACCAUCGGCGACAGUGUAAGUCUAGGUCUUCUUCUUCGGCGUUGUUUUUUUUUUCCGGCUUGAAAAAAUGGGGCUGUCCUUUGGAAAGUUGUUCAGCAGGCUCUUUGCGAAGAAAGAGAUGCGUAUCCUGAUGGUGGGUCUCGAUGCUGCUGGUAAGACUACGAUCCUGUACAAGCUCAAGCUUGGAGAGAUCGUGACUACGAUUCCAACCAUUGGUUUCAACGUGGAGACUGUGGAAUACAAGAACAUUAGCUUUACCGUGUGGGAUGUCGGGGGUCAAGACAAGAUUCGUCCAUUGUGGAGGCACUACUUCCAGAACACCCAGGGACUAAUCUUUGUGGUGGACAGCAAUGAUCGUGACCGUGUUGUGGAAGCUAGGGAUGAGCUUCACAGAAUGCUGAAUGAAGAUGAAUUGAGAGAUGCUGUGCUUCUUGUAUUUGCUAACAAGCAAGAUCUUCCCAAUGCUAUGAACGCCGCUGAGAUAACUGACAAGCUUGGGCUUCACUCUCUCCGCCAACGACACUGGUACAUACAGAGCACAUGUGCUACCUCCGGAGAAGGGCUUUAUGAGGGACUUGACUGGCUCUCUAACAACAUUGCAAACAAGGCUUAGGGAGAGCAAUAUGUGGUUUGGUUUUAUUCGAGGAGAGUCCUGUCUUCUAUCGUUCGUCGUCUCUCUUUUGUUCUUUCGUCUCAAACUUAUAUCACUUCAUACUUUGUUCUUCGCUCUUAAUAAUUCAUAAGUUUUCUUCUUUCAUCCUAAAAAUUUCAGACACGCUUAUAAAAUUUGGUCCCAAUUUCGGCG